AUGCAACGAAAUCUAUGGAGUCUUCGCGGCGCGAUCGACUCUCUUAAAAAAGCCCGUAAUAUCACCUCCACUACUGCUGCUAACGCGCGUGCGCCUCCUUGCGCAGCUGUGGCUCUUCAAGCUUUUGGUUUCCACUGUUCUUGGCUUCCAGAGUUGCGCAUCUUCAUUCCCAAGUCCUACAAGCCUGGCGAUGCGCCCUUACCCCUCCUUAUUGACAUCCACGGCGGCGGAUUCUGCAUCGCAGAACCCGUGUCCGACGACGUCGACAACGUGAUUCUUGCACAUACGCAUGGCUUCUGCGUCGUCAGCAUCCUGUACCGACUAGGUCCGAAGUACAAAUGGCCAAUUGCGGUUUAUGAUUGCGCAGCUGCAAUUGCGGCGGUGCUUGAUGACGAGAGCUUGCUAUUACUCCGCUGGUGGGAAUCUGGCACUCACGGCAACGCAACUGCCGGCGCCGGACGGAAAGGAUUUUUUGACCUGAGCCUGGCGUUGAUUGAACUGAUCCUUUGUUGUCCCCUAUAUUUGCAAAGAGAGUACGAUAUGCUCUGCAAGGAAGCUGAGGCGAUGGCGGAAGAUCUUGCGACUGCGGAGGGGGGCCAGAAGACGCCGCUUUUGAAUGGGAGAAAUGGUUGGACGAAAGGGAAUAUAAGCGAAGUCGGAAAAGAUGCAUGCUGGAGUGGCGGAAUGGUUGAAACAGCAUGUUUAUUCAUAGAGCCUGAAGGAUGUCAGGAGGAGCCAGAUAUCUCUGUACCAGAUCAGCAAAGCGUGGGGCCCAGCAGCGUACCCCAUGUCCGCGACGCCAAUGUCUUUGCGAAGGGGAUGCCGUGUGCGGGGGUAGUACAGUCAACUCUUGAUGGCGCGAUACAAACAGGGAGCUAG